GUGCAGUCUGCAGAGAGCUGAGGAAGAGACCUAAGGGCAAAAGGAUGGCAUCAGACGGGGAAAUCAUCAACUUUCAAACAGGGAAUCCUGGACCAAGGAGGGACAAUACAAUCAAUAUCAACCACUAUGCAACAAAGAAGAGCGUGGCCGAAAGCAUGUUGGAUGUGGCGCUGUUCAUGGCCAAUGUCACACAACUCAAAGCAGUGCUGGAGCAGGGGGUUUCAUUCCAGUAUUAUGCCACCCUGAUAUCGCUCAUCAGCAUCUCACUCUUUUUCCAGGUGGUGAUUGGAAUUUUUCUUAUAAUCCUCGCUCGGCUGAACCUGAAUGACGUUUCAAAGCAGCAGCGCCUGAACAUGCUCAAUAAUGCUGCCACGGCUCUGAUCUUCAUCACCGUUAUCCUCAACAUCUUCAUCACCGCCUUUGGUGUGCAGAAGACUGGUCUCUACCCUACCAGGAAUACCAGGAGGCCGUACUGAGUCCUGGAGAGCAAGGGAAUCAGGCUGUGUGUGUGGCACCAGCUUUAGGGUCCCUUCCUUCAAUUUUUUACUGACCUCAGCAGAAUCCUAUCAGCUGAAUGGAGAGAAAGAACUCCUGAAUUAAUCUUCGACAAUUGUGUGCAAAGUAUUUUAUGCAGGUUGAUUAUAUAAAGCAUGUGUGUUUUGCAGGAAUGAAAUUUCCAUUGAUUUUUCAAAGGUAAUGCAAAUUGUGCAGUGAUUUCUAACAAACUUCACAAAAAGUUGCAAAAAGGCAUUUUCCAAACUUGCUCCUGUGCAUAGGUAAAGCACCUAUUCCUGAUUUUAAUUGUCUGCUUCUCAUAUUCAAUAUUAACUAAUUUUCUACGGGGUUUUAUGAGUUUUAUGCUCAAUUAUAUUUAUUUUGUGAGCAAACGUAAUCAUACUAUGUCCAGAUAUUUUGUAACUGGCAAUAUUUAAAAGUAACACUAUUGAAGAGUUUAUGUCUCAAAUAUAGAUUGGUGGAUUGUUUUAGUGGGAGUAAUAUGAAUAAAAGUGUUUUCAAGAUUG